GUUACUAACCCUUCCAUAUAUACAUUUUUUUUUUCAGCAAAUAAAAGUAGAAUAAUCGAUCCAUAUGUUUCCCUGACCGAGGACCAUUCAUCGGUUCAUCCAGUGUUUCCCCCUUUCUCAAGCAGCAGAGACGCGCCCAGAGAUGGGAAGCUCGAGCACUAUCAUCCCCAAUUUCAAUCUCAACGCUUCCCGCCGCUUGAAAUGCCUGAAUUCUAGAUUCCUAAUUCAAAGAAUUCUUUUACAACCGCCCCAAACAAAACCCAUGCUUGCCUUCUCGAGUACAAACAGAUUCGGCAGAACAGUUUGCUCCGCUGUUGAAGACGCUACGAAGAAACGACAAGGCGCCGGUGUAAGCACCAAUGGAUUCGGCUCAGACAGUGAAGACAAGCUCUAUACCUCAAAAGAAAAUAAACUGACCAAUAAAGAAUCAGAUGACAGGGAAGGAAACACUCUCUAUGAUUUUCUUUAUCCCAGUAAAGAACUUCUGCCAGAUGAUAAAGAAAUGAGUAUCUUUGAUCAUUUAGAGGAGUUGCGUCAAAGAAUAUUUGUGUCUGUUUUGGCUGUUGGGGCCGCUAUGGUUGGAUGUUUUGCCAUCUCUAAAGAACUCAUAUUGUUUCUUGAAGCCCCUGUUAGUGAACAAGGUGUUCGAUUUUUACAACUUGGCCCUGGCGAGUUUUUCUUCACAACUCUAAAGGUUUCAGGAUAUUGUGGUCUCCUCUUAGGGAGCCCUGUGCUUCUCUAUGAGAUCAUAGCCUUUGUGCUUCCAGGUUUAACAAAAGCAGAGAGAGGAUUCCUCGGACCCAUUGUGCUUGGAUCAUCUGUUCUUUUCUAUGCCGGAAUUGUCUUUUCAUAUUAUGUCCUCACUCCCGCAGCCUUAAAUUUCUUUGUUAAUUAUGCUGAAGGGGUCGUGGAAUCGAUAUGGUCCAUCGAUCAAUACUUUGAGUUUGUGCUUGUUCUCAUGUUCAGCACUGGGUUAUCUUUCCAGGUUCCAGUUGUACAGCUUCUUCUGGGGCAAACCGGUCUAGUUUCUGGAGAUCAAAUGUUGUCUGUUUGGCGGUACGUCAUUGUGGGGGCCGUGGUUGCAGCUGCAGUGCUCACUCCGUCUACGGACCCACUCACCCAAGUUUUGUUAGCGGGCCCCCUGUUGGGGCUCUACUUGGGUGGAGCAUGGGCGGUAAAGCUUUCUGGGAAAUAGAUGGACUUAAGGAGCAGAAGAAAACAUGUUCCUAAUGGCCGAAAGAUUCUCAGGCUCAGAUGUGUGAUGCAUAGGGAAGUUGGGAUUGAUGAUCCAUAGAAAGUAUAUUGAAACAUAUAUAGGUAGCUUUUCAUUUACUCAAUUAUUAUCAUUAUAUUAUUUUCAUGAUCUUUUUCUUUCAUUUUUAAAAAUGCUGUACCUCAAACCAUGGGGCUUUAUCUGCCUCGAGGUGGUUUAGUAGCAUGUAAAUUGUAAGAUAAUGUGGCUUAGGAAGGGCGUCUCUACACUUUUUGCAACAAAGGGGUCUUCUACUUGCCCUUAGUAGGGUUUGAACCUCCAUGAUGACCUCUUUAUUAUGAGGAGAGUGUGUGGACUGGAGUUGUAGUUAAAAUGUGAUGUGGCAUGUCUCCCGC